UACAGAUAAACAGGAUGACAAAAUUCCUUGUUUUCCUCAUUUCGGUGGUCUGCGUUGGCAUCAUCAUAUCCUGUGCACAUGCUCAUGGUACAAUGGAUGACCUGAUGAGGCUGAAGGAUACUCUGUUCCAGAAUUAUACCAAGGACUUCCGGCCGGUUUAUAAUCUUAGUGAGCCUACUCAUGUCACACUUUCAAUGUACCUGAUAACGAUUUUAGAUCUUGAUGAGAUAACGGGAACUAUCACACUCAAUUGUGGACUGAUGGUUCUUUGGUCUGACUAUCGUCUUGUGUGGAACUCAAGCGACUUCGGCGGCAUAUCCUCCUUUGUUUUCAACUCCUCGAAUGUAUGGAAACCUCGCAUAUACUUUACAACAUCUUCUGACGAUUUGUCUGAUUUUUCUUACGACGCCUUCGACGUACGGGUGUUUUCAAAUGGCUCCGUUUUAUCUUCCCCUGGCAGGAACGUAAGGGCAAGCUGCAUGCUCGACAUGACCAAAUUUCCAAAGGAUUCACAAACAUGUGUUUUACAGGUUAUGGCAUGGAUGUUACCAGCCAGUGAGAUGGUGUUUGUAAUAGGAAGUUCAGAUAUCGACUUAAGUUACUACAAGCCUAACGGAGAAUGGGAUAUAGAUAGGACCUCUAUUGCGAACAACAAUGACUUCGGAACUGAAUAUUCUCUCAUAGACUUCACAAUUCAUUUGUCCAGACGAUAUGCAUACUUCCUCGUAUCGAUGGCCUCGCCAAUACUGUUUCUUUGUUUCCUCAACCCAUUCGUGUUCCUAAUUCCAGUUUCCUCAGGGGAAAGAAUAUCCUUCACAAUCACUAUGUUCUUGUCUCUUGCGGUAUACAUGACACUUAUUGGAGAGAACAUGCCACAUGUAUCAGAUCCGAUGGCAGCCAUCUCUUACUUCCUACUCCUGGCUAUGUUAUAUAGCAGUGUUGUUAUCAUUUUGACAAUAUUCACUCUUCGCUGUGAUGCCGUCAAAGACGUACAUGAAUUCCCAAGAUGGCUUUUGUGGCUAGUCCGCUGUGGUAGACGUAAGAAAUUGGCUGACCCCAUCAGUAAGGGCAGCUCUGCUUCCAAAUCCAGCGAUAUCCAUGCGAAAGAGUAUGGUGAAGCAACAGACGAACGGAAAGUACUGGGGAACAUGGAACAGGAAAAAAGCAUUAGGAAGGAAGAUGUUAUGAACUUUAUAGAAAAAAGUCUUUUUUGCUUUACACUUUCAUUAAUGUGCUUAAUGUGGUUCGUGUUUUGGAUGUAUUACUGGAUGUAGCUUGACUAUUAUGCCGAGGAGUGGGAAGUAACGUGUUUUUCGAAUGCGUGAUUUUUAAAGGGUAAUAGACUAUUGAUAUUUGGUAUUUUUCUCUUCUUACGAAACACCAUUGUCCUUAUAUAAAUGUAGUUAAUGUUCUUUUGAAAUCCAUCAUUGAAAAUUGCCGUGGUGGUUUUGCACCUUCCCCGUGCAAGAGUUGGGAUGACUAUUGUACCUAC